CUGCCCGCCCGCGCCGCCUUCCCUCUAAUAGGUGUGUGCAUUCAUUCACCCUUCGCUGCCUACACCUUCCUGCCUUUGGCAAAGUAUGCUUGCGAUUCUCCAUGUUUCUGCCUGUUCUUCAAAAAUCAUAACUUCGCGUUUGUCCCGCCGAAUCCCAUCCUCUCUACUUUUCUCGAAACGAAGUGUUGUCGUUGCAUCGUCACUACCAAUACCAUUUUCAUCGAGUGCAACUUGCAAGUCUCCACGCUAUAACAACAAUCGCCGGCAAUUGUACCAGUUAGCAAACAUGGCGCCUAAGCAGGCAACCCUCGGAAAAUUCUUCGGAAAAGCAAAUGGCGUCCCCGCAAAGACGACACAGUCGAAACUCUCGUUCGCGACCAAGCCCAAGCCUGCGAAGAAAGAUGAAGAAUCCACCGAAGACACACUGGUAAAGUCACCAAGCUCAGAGCCCGCGUCCGAGGAAGUGAAGAAGGAGGAUGAGGAGGUCAAUGGCGAUGCUAUGGAGGUUGACAGCAGCGCUGCUUCAGAGGCCGGAAAGAAGAGGCAGGUAGAAGAGGAGGAGGAGGACUCUGAAGACGAGCCUCCAACGAAAAGGCAGCGGCGGAAAGUGGAGCCCAAGAAAGCGAAAACCACGGGUAAGAAGUCUGAGAAGCCUGCGGUCCAAUCGAAGAAAGCUGUUGCUCAAAUCAAGGAUGAAGUGGUGUCUGAGGAAGACGAGGAGGUCGCAGAGCCUACUAAGGCUGCUCAAAACAAGGAGAAGGAGCCUGAAAAAUCUCCAGCUGCGGCCGAAGACCCCGAGUCUGAUGCGAAAGACGAGGAUGAAGUGCUCAGCUCCGACGAGGAGCCUCCAGAGGCCAAAGCAAAGGCACGAAAGAAGGUCCAAGCGACUCUCACAAGCGCAGCUACCAAGGACCCCUAUCCUGAUUGGAAACCCGGUGAGCCUGUGCCAUACGCAGCGCUUUGCACCACAUUUUCAAAGAUCGAGAUGACGACUAAACGGUUGGAGAUAUUGGCACACUGCUCACUUUUCCUGAGACAAGUCCUUCGUCUCAGUCCCAACGAUCUUCUCCCUACUGUACUGCUCAUGAUCAACAAACUCGCUGCAGACUACGCAGGCGUUGAACUUGGAAUUGGCGAAUCCUUGAUCAUGAAAGCUGUCUCAGAGAGCACCGGUCGCACUUUGCAGCAUAUUAAGACUGAUCAGAACGAGAUUGGUGAUCUGGGUCUGGUAGCCGCAAAGAGUCGGUCCAAACAGCCCACCAUGUUCAAACCGAAACCUUUGACCGUGCCUGGUAUUCACAAGGCGUUUCUGGCCAUUGCCAAGAUCGAAGGGCAAGGCACCCAGGGAAAGAAGGUGGAUGGUAUCAAGAAGCUGCUUUCGGCUGCAGAUGCCCAUUCUUCUGGCAAAUCCAUCGACAUCACAAAAGAUAAGGGUGGGCCUAGUGAGGCCAAAUUCAUCGUCCGGACGCUAGAGGGCAAACUUCGACUUGGUCUGGCUGAGAAGACGGUGUUGCCAGCUUUGGCUCAGGCCAUGUUGACCCAUGAAUACACUUCAAAGGGCAACAAAAUCCCUUCAGCGGCUGACCUGGCCAAAGCUGAGUCGAGCCUGAAGUCAGUCUACAGCGAACUUCCAAGCUACGAGGUCAUCAUCCCAGCAAUGCUUGAGCAUGGCAUCCUGAAUUUGCGCGACAACUGCCAUCUUCAACCAGGUGUGCCUCUGAAGCCCAUGCUUGCCAAACCGACGAAAUCGAUAACAGAAGUUCUCGACCGAUUUGAAGGCAAACACUUUACUUGCGAGUACAAGUAUGACGGUGAGCGAGCACAGAUACACUUUGUCGCACACGAUGCGAAAAUGGAGCUGGCCACCAUUGCACCUUCUGCAGGCAAGAGUGAUAAGGGCGUCUCCAACAUCUUCUCGCGUAAUUCAGAAGACUUGUCGAAGAAGUACCCAGAUAUUCUGGCUAAACUCCCAACCUGGGUGAAGGACGGGACAAAAAGUUUCGUUCUUGAUUGCGAGACAGUCGCUUGGGAUACUGAGGAGAAGAAGGUUCUGCCAUUCCAGCAGCUCAUGACGCGGAAACGAAAGGAUGUCAAGGUUGAAGACGUAAAGGUCAAGGUCUGCGUGUUUGCAUUUGAUCUCUUGUAUCUGAAUGGAGAGGCACUGGUGAACAAAUCCUUCCGCGAUCGUCGUGAAAAACUCCAAGAAGCCUUCGUUCCUGUCGAGGGCGAGUUCGCUUUUGCCAAGUAUGGCGACACCAAUGAGCUUGAGGAGAUUCAGAUUCUUCUCGAGGAUAGUGUCAAGGCCUCUUGCGAAGGUCUCAUGGUAAAGAUGUUGGACGGACCGGAAUCCUACUACGAACCCAGCAGGCGCUCACAGAAUUGGCUCAAAGUCAAGAAAGACUACCUUGCGGGUGUCGGCGAUUCUCUCGACCUCGUCGUAUUGGGUGCAUACUACGGUAAAGGCAAACGUACUUCCUGGUACGGUGCCUUCCUGUUGGCGUGCUAUAACCCAAACACGCAAAAUUAUGAAACCGUCUGCAACAUCGGCACUGGCUUUUCGGAAGCCAUCCUGGAAACUCUCCACGAACAACUCAGCGAAAUCGUCAUCGAUCGCCCCAAGCCCUUCUAUGUGCACUCUUCCGGUAACAAGGAUCAGCCCGAUGUCUGGUUCGAGCCGCGUCACGUUUGGGAAGUCAAGACUGCGGAUUUGACCCUGAGCCCGCGGUACAAAGCCGCCGCUGAUGAGGUAGGCGGCAGCGGCAAGGGUGUCAGUCUGCGAUUCCCGCGGUUUAUCAAGGAGAGAGAUGACAAGAAGGCGGAUGAGGCGAGCAGCAGUCGCAUGAUUGCAGAGAUGUAUCAAAGGCAGGAGAGCGUGACGAAGAAUAAGGGGCCGAGUGUGGAUGACGACUUUGAGUAUUAA